GUCGGGUGGUUUCGAAAUCCGGCUGGAUGUUUCUUUUCGGCGUAGCGUGGCGACUUCGAGCACGUUGUGGUCCGCUUCCACGCACAACUCUUCAAAGAGUUCCAGAAACAGUGACUAAAAAUGUCGAAGAGAGGACGUGGUGGACAGGCUGGAGCCAAAUUCAGAAUUUCUCUUGGUCUCCCAGUCGGAGCUGUGAUGAACUGCGCCGACAACACUGGAGCCAAGAAUCUCUUCGUAAUCGCUGUUAAUGGAAUCAAGGGUCGAUUGAACCGACUUCCCGCAGCUGGUUGUGGAGAUAUGUUCGUCGCCACCGUAAAGAAGGGUAAACCCGAGCUCCGUAAGAAGGUUAUGCCCGCCGUGGUUAUCCGUCAGCGGAAGGCAUUCCGCAGGAAGGAUGGAACAUUCAUAUACUUUGAGGAUAAUGCCGGCGUGAUCGUCAACAACAAAGGCGAAAUGAAAGGUUCAGCCAUCACAGGUCCAGUUUCGAAGGAGUGCGCUGAUCUGUGGCCCAGGAUCGCCUCGAAUGCGUCUUCGAUUGCCUAAAUAAAUCGAUGGUGAUCGGGA